GACAGAGGAUGAGGAGUAAGUGAAGCGAAGACACGCUCAGCGGACAACUGCUUUUCUCUUUUAAGCUGAAGGAGCUGAAUGAGCUUUGCUGCAGCCAUGCUCAGUCUACCGCGCCCCCUUCUGGUCACCUGCGUGUAUCUCCUGCUGCUGCCGGGCGGUCAGGGCAGGAUCCACGGCUACACCAACGGCUUUCACUACCAGGACAUCAGCAACGGGAAUGGACACGGAGAGAUCUAUUUUAAUGGGAUUCGUCUCCACGUGGAAUCCCCUCAGUCUUCAGUGUCAGCCACUAGGGGGAGCACUGUCACCCUUCCGUGUCACUACCACUAUGAGCCUGAACUGACUACACCACGCAAGACCCGUGUCAAAUGGUCCUGGUUGCCUGCCAACACCAUGACUCCACAAGUCUCUGCUGAAGCCUUCCUCAAGGAGACUGAGGUUAUGGUUGCCAUGGGAAGCCGCCACCGCAGCUACGGCAGCUUCCGUGGCCGCGUGCGCCUGCGACGCUCAGCGCCAGGGGACAUGUCUCUAGUAAUCAAUGAGCUCCAGGUCAACGACACAGGAAGAUAUCGCUGUGAAGUGAUUGAUGGCCUGGAGGAUGACAGUGUGACGGUGGAUCUGGAGCUACGGGGUGUGGUGUUUCCUUACUACUCUCAGAAAGGACGCUACCAUUAUAACUUCUUCAGGGCCCAAAAAGAAUGCCAGGAUCAGGAUGCUACUUUGGCUACAUUUGAGCAGCUCUUUACAGCAUGGGAGGAUGGGCUAGACUGGUGUAAUGCUGGCUGGUUGGCUGAUGGCACAGUGCAGUAUCCAAUCACAAUCCCACGUGAUGGUUGUGGGGGCAAGAACUUGGCUCCUGGUCUACGCAGCUAUGGACAACGAGACCGUGUCCUUCACCGAUAUGAUGCUUUCUGCUUCGCUGCGUCUGUUAAGGGGACAGUUUACUUCUUAGAGAACACAACCAAGCUCAACUUCACUGAAGCGAUCCAGGCUUGUGCCAGUGAUAGAAGCCAGAUUGCCAAAGUGGGCCAGCUGUAUGCUGCAUGGAAGCUGAUGGGAUUGGACCACUGCGAUGCAGGCUGGUUGGCUGAUGGAAGUGUCCGUUAUCCUAUCACAAAGACCCGGGCUAACUGUGGUCCAUCACAACCAGGUGUGCGUAGUUUUGGGUUCCCCCCUCAGUACCUGAAAUUUGGUGUCUACUGUUAUCGGUAGAUGCUCUGUUUUAUCGCGGGACAAAUUAAACCAUACUAAUAGUGAAGCAGGUUAAAGCUCUGCUUGAGAGGUUAGCAUUAGAUAUAGCCUGGAUGCAAAUUAGCAGUUAGCCAGUUUAUUCCUCUCUGAGCUAUUUUAAAGUGAUGGAAUUUGGUUUAUCUCUCUCCAUCUCAAAUAGACCAAUGACACAAUUGACCAUGAAGCAACUGUUAAACUAACUGUGGACAUCAGUCUUGCCGACAUGUCAUUGUUAAACAUGUAAAUCCAAAAUCAUGGGUGUUAUUUUGUUGCUGCAAGAGCAUUCACUCUUUGUUCCAUCACUCUUUUUCCAUCACAACUGUCAUUAUCCAUUUGACAGUUGUUCCCGUUUAGUACACAACAGAGGGUGAUAUGUCUGUGGUCACAGCUGGGUUUCCAGUUUAUCUCAGAGGUGUUAGUUGGGGUUAU